ACGGCAGAAUCCCAUUCCGAUUCCUCCCUCCCCGUCCCGUCUCCCCUCUCGCCCUAGGGGCCGGGGGGUUAGGGUUCGCUUCACCGCCGGCCUCUCCCUCCGACGCGGCACCGGCCCCCGCGCACCGGGCCCGGAUGCUAUGCUGCUGAGCUGCAGGACCCUCUCCACCUGGGUGCGCCGCCUCGUCGCUUGCAUGGGGUGCGUCGUGCGUGCCUGCGCCCCGCCGCCCUGCCCUCCCCCAUCCCAUCCUCUCGUGAUCCUCCGGCACACGUCACGGUGUAGUAGUGGCCGCGAGGCUCGUGGGGAUUGGGAUCCCCGCUUGCGGUAGCGAGGUCCUAGACUUCUAUAGCUUCUGUUCGUGGCCCAUAUAUGCUCGCUGCUCCCUGAUUCAGACUGCGCUGUUUUCGAUAUUUUAGAGUGGCUAUAAUGAUUCUGAUUGGUAGGCUGGUUUCGUUUAUCCAUUUGGUCUCACUUUUCCUGUUGAGUCGAGCCAGUUGAGUCCGUCGCGUUCGUUGUAGUAUCUUCCUGUUGUUUAUUUAAUCUGCCUGGUCUAUUUCCGGUAUAAAAUAGAUGCAUUUUAGUCUGACUUUGGUACUAGGCCUCUGUUUGGAAAAUGUUCAGUCUUUAGCUGCUGAGUUCACUGAGUGAUAGUUGCUCGAUAUUUUACUGCAACCAUCUAUCCGGUCACCAUCUAUCGGGUCAGAAAUGGUCAUAACUUUGGCCUUUUCUCUUCUGUAAUUUGUAAUACGAGAUAGAGUGCAUCACAGCUUAUCUGGGAUCUUGAAUACUGGUGCUAAUCAGUCACUGGUCGAUCCUGGUUUGCUACAGAGCAGAGGUUGCUUUGGAUGCUGUGCUAAGCCAACUCCAAUAAUAGCAGUAGACGAGCCUUCCAAGCGGUUGAGGAUCCAGGGGCGAUCAGUAAGGAAGGCUAGCCUCUCGGAGGACUUUUGGAGCACGAGUGCGCAUGAGAUGGAGAACAGCGGGAUCCAAUCGCAGAGGAGCAUGUCUUCGAUCAGCACGUUGGCUCAGUCCAGCGAUCAGCAUACGGCAGGAAGUAGCAGCAACCCGAAUGAGUUUAUGAAUCAAGGUCUUAUGCUCUGGAACCAGACCAGACAACAGUGGGUUGGAAGCAAAAAACGCCACUCUAGAUCUCAACAGCCUCGAGAACCAAAGUUGAGUUGGAACACAACGUAUGAAAGUCUGCUAGGAAGCAAUAAGCCAUUCUCCCAACCGAUACCUCUUGGCGAAAUGGUAGAUUUGCUUGUGGACGCUUGGGAGCAAGAAGGCCUUUAUGAUUAGGCCUGUGGAGUUCAUUAUUUGACUCGGAUUAAUCGCUUAAUGCAGAAGCUCUAGGUUCUCAAGCGUUAUAUUUUCUGAGCACAAUGGUGUACCAUGGAUGUAUCAUGAAACAUGGCAGCAUCCUUAUAUUAAGCAAUUGUAAUAUAUUAUUCCUGUCAAGCUUAUGAGAACAUUGGAUGACAUUGUACCUGGUGUUUUUAUAUGAAAACUUUGGGUGAUCUAGGCAACUGGAUUAAAACAAAAAA